GCCAUUGAACAUACCUACCUGGUAGGCUCGUUGCUGCCUUUCUUUCCUUGUGAUACCCCAUUUGAUACCCGUCACGUCCCCAUCGACACAACCUCUCGCCAUGUCUGAUCUCCCGCGCAGGUUUGAGACGCUCCAGCUCCAUGCAGGGUAUGUGGUGAUCCUCCUUCUUUUCUGCUCUCCGAACGACACCAGAAGAACAUCGCAAAGAAUGACACUGAAACAGGCAGGAGCCGGACCCAACCACCAAUGCACGAGCCGUGCCCAUCUACGCUACUACGGUGAGCCGCGCUGCCGUCUAGGGGCUUACAGAAACGUCGAGCUAACGUAGCGGGUCACCGACAGAGCUAUGUCUUCAAUGACUCUGCUCAUGGCGCCCGCUUGUUCGGCCUGAAGGAAUUCGGCAACAUCUAUUCUAGAAUAAUGAACCCUACCGUAGAUGUUUUCGAGAAGAGAAUCGCUGCCCUCGAGGGAGGUGUGGCUGCCGUGGCCGCCUCCUCCGGCCAGGCUGCUCAGUUUAUGGCCAUCGCGGCACUGGCACAUGCCGGCGACAACAUCGUGUCUACGUCCAACUUGUACGGCGGGACAUACAACCAGUUCAAGGUUCUCUUCUCGCGUUUCGGCAUCACCACCAAGUUCGUCAAUGGCGACAGGGCCGAGGACAUUGCCGCCGCCAUUGACGACAAAACCAAGGCCGUCUACAUCGAAAGCAUCGGCAACCCGCGCUACAACGUGCCCGACUUUGAUGCCAUCGUCCAGGUGGCGCACGAAAAGGGCGUCCCGGUCGUGGUUGACAACACAUUUGGCGCUGGCGGCUACUUUGUCCGCCCGAUCGAACACGGUGCCGAUAUCGUCGUGCACUCGGCGACCAAGUGGAUCGGCGGCCAUGGUACUACGAUUGGCGGCAUCAUCGUCGACAGCGGCAGGUUCGACUGGGGCAAGCACGCGAAGCGGUUCCCGCAGAUGGUCGAGCCGUCCGAGGGCUACCACGGCCUCAAGUUCUGGGAGACCUUCGGCUCCAUCACGUUCGCCAUCCGCGUCCGGGUCGAACUCCUCCGCGACCUCGGUGCCUGCUUGAACCCAUUCGCCGCGCAGCAGCUGCUUCUCGGUAUCGAGACGCUGUCGCUGCGCGCUGAGAGGCACGCCCAGAACGCGCUGGCGCUGGCACGGUACCUCGAAAAGAGCCCCCACGUCUCGUGGGUGUCGUACCCCGGUCUUGAGAGCCAUCAGUCGCACGAGACGGCUAAGAAGUACCUGAAGCGCGGCUUCGGCGGUGUCCUGAGCUUCGGCGUCAAGGGUGGCGGCGCUGCCGGUAGUCAGAUAGUCGACGGCUUCAAGCUGAUCUCCAACCUGGCCAACGUCGGCGACUCCAAGACACUUGCUAUUCAUCCGUGGAGCACGACCCACGAGCAGCUCACCGACGAGGAGAAGAUCAACUCGGGGGUUACCGAGGAUCUCAUCCGGAUCUCGGUUGGCACAGAACAUAUCGACGACAUCAUUGCCGACUUUGAGCAGUCGUUCAAGGCCGCGGGAACGGCGAAAACGGAGGGCGGUGACAAGUCAGCGGCCGAGGGCGCCAAGGCUGAGGAGGCCCCUGUUGUGGUUUAAGUGGUCUGUCUUAGCGAGCGGGCGGUUGAUGUCGUUAAUAACGGAUGUUUUGCACGGGCUGCUUGGGUAUCAUAAGUCCUGUAGUAGCGCUGCAACAAGUCCAUGUGAUGCCGUGAUCUGUUUCUAGGGUAGAAGGAAAACUGCCAGUGAACCGGAAUGAGCUCUACUUCCUUUUUAGGAUAGUAAAGAAGAAGAGCGAGAUCUGUACCCACUCUAGCUACGGCUCAGCCA